CUGAGCAAUACAGAGUGGUAUCAUCAGCAAACAAUACACAUUUUAACAGUUUGGAAACACUACAUAUGUCAUUUAUAUAUAAUAUGAAUAAUUUAGGGCCCAGCACAGAGCCCUGAGGAACGCCACAAGAUACCUUCAACUGAUUAGAUUUUACAUUAUUGAUUUCAACAUAUUGAUAUCUGUCAUCCAGGUAACUUUUCAUCCAGAGAGAGAGAGGAGCAAGUGAAUACAAGGCUUUGCAUUUCUGAGGAAAUGGAAACAAAUAAGGUGGCAUUUUGAAAAAAUGUGUUUGCAAAUGGAAAACUUCAUUCAUUAAAUAUUUAACAGUAUACUGAAAAGUUUUUUUUCCAAAGUGAAAUGUUUUAAUAGAGCUAACCUGAGCACUGAGGUCCAGAUUUUUUAAAUGUAGUUUUAAACUGCUGGUAACUAAGACUGAUUUUGUCCUGUCAUAUUCAGAUGUAUCCAUCGGUGUUGUUGCUGUUGGCUCUGCAGGUUCUGACCUCAGCGAGUCUUCAUGACAUUGAUAACUCCAUAGAGCAGAGAAAUGAUGCAACUGGGAGUCCUGGGAAAUCGGCUAACAGAUCGAUGCUAACAGACCAACCUCUUCUUAGUGUUACUAAGUUCAGACAGAGGAGGCCAGUUCAUUCUUCUUCCUUUAAGACUACCAUUGACACCAACCUGGAGUGGAUCACCUUUAAACGUUCUAUUAUCAACACUGCUGUCUCAAUUUACAACAGAAAUUUUGAUCGCACUGAUUAUGUCUGCAAAUACAAGUGUGACACAGGCUUUUAUACCCCCAAAGAGGGUCCUUAUUGUUUCUUUGCUCGCAAAAACAGAUUUCACAGAGUAUAUCCCUUUGAGUUACUCGUCAACAGAGACAACUUUGAGAUCCUGGAGUGGAAGGAUAAUUCGUCUGGUAAGGUGCCAAAGAAUUCAGUCUCGACCUGUCCAGGGGAACAAAUAUAUGUAGGAAUGAACAAAUAUGGACUUGGGAAUGUGUCCACUAAAGAAAAGGCCUUCUACCUGCCCUGGAAGGGUAAAGUAUAUACGUACACAUCCUACAAGGUCCUGACCACCAAUGAAAAUAUAGUCAGCCAACAGAUUGACGAUGUCAGGUACAACAUUGACAACGCUAAAAUUCUCCAAUAUCCUCCUGAGGCCAUGCGUCAAACAACCAUCAGCAACUAUGAAUGUCAACCAGUAGUGAAAACAAGUUCCAUCUCAAAGACGUCUGAGGUGGAGCACAGGUGGGACACUACUUCUUCUGUUACAGUUACUGUUAAUACAAGCAUUACAAUUGGUAUCCCUACUGUCUUCAAAAAAGAAAUUCACAUCAGCACUGAGGUGUCGUUUGCAUUCACCCAAGGAACAACUAUGACAGAGAGCUUUACUGAUACUGUAUCUGUGGAGGUCACUGUGCCACCAAACCAAUCCUGUGUCAUUAAUAUGCUCCGGUACAAAUACAAAGUCGACAUCCCAUUCACAGGACGCCUCAGACGCACUUACGGUAAUGGGAACAUCCGAAUAACAUCCAUUACUGGGAAAUAUAAUGGCAUUCAGGUGGGAGAAGUCCGGGCUGUGGUGAAUCGAUGUGAACCUCUGGGUGGAUCUAAGCCUUGUCCAUGA